AUAUUAAAAUCGUGUCGAUGCUAAAAUCGAAUCGCUGGUGUGCAUGUCAUAGCAGUAGGCCGUGUGGAGUAGUGCUAGUGAGACAUCAGAAAACGAGCGAAAAGAAAAAAAAUAUUGGGCAAGAUUUUCGAAAAUAGUAAAGUUUUAAUGUCUACACGUAGUCUUAUUGCGUCGCAUUAGUCAUCGUAAUUCUGGAGUGAGCAAAAUGGAUCCCUCCUCGAUUAUCGUGCUGGACUCCUCCGACGAGGAAUCCGGAGAGCCAAAACGACGGAAACUGGGUGGCCCGCCGGGGCAGCCGGCUGCUUCGGCCGUCAACGGUGGUGGUCAGCACCGGCUGAAGCUACCACCCGAACCCGGAAGCAAUAUCAAGCGUAUAAAGCCAAUCACGAUCGCUACCAAUUUGAGCAAGGAAUCCGACAAUAACAAUCGUCCCGCGGUGAACGAAAACUUUGCCUCCAUCAGCUACUCGGACGAGUGGGAAAAAAAUCUGCAAAAGUAUCAGCAAAUCAUAAGCGACCACGAACGAUCACGCCAGCUGCAGCAGCAGCAACAGCAGCAGUCACAGCUCGCCAAAAAGAAAUCGCCCCUUUCGUCGGUAGUCGAGGAAGAGGUUGGCGAUCGCAAGACUGCUACGCCCGGAAGCAGUACUGCCGAUUCGCACUCCACUAGUCGAUCGGAGAAAAAGAAGGAACGGAAAAAUGAUCUGGAAAGGAAUCCGAUCGGAAAAGAGUUCGGUGAACUGUUGGAUGCUUGUCGAAAGGCAGAUUCGUCACCGGAAAUGGAACUUCUGUUACAAAAGAAACUAAUCAAGUACUACGAGUGCGUCCAUCCGGAUUUUAUCAACUCGAAAAGCUUUAAGAAAACGCUGGCUGCUGUAACGGAGGAGGUUUUGGCUAGUCCGGAGCUGGUUUAUCUAAAACUAGCGAGUAUCGUGGAGGAGUUGAAUAUUCGUCGCAAAUCGAGGAACUCGGUGAUGACAAACGAAAACGUUACCAGCACUGGAAACGAGAAAAAGGACAAUCAGAUUCGCCGGCUGAAUCGAGCGUUAUACAUUCUGAAAAAACGCAUCGCCAAGCUGGAGGAAAUGGAAGUUGAUUUCGACGAGGACAUCAACUCUGCCUAUAUGAUGGAGGAGCGCUACAAGAAGCGGGCAUUCGAAAUCUACGAAAAGAUCUGUGAUAUUACGGGGGAAAGCAAACACGCACACCGGAUCGUUCGGAAGCCAGUCCACUUCGAUGGAACGCACUAUCCGGAGUUUAACCGUACCAUUCAGACGUUCGUUAACCGGACAAACACGUUUCCGGAUUUUUUCGAUGUGCUGAAGUGCUUGCAGCACUGCAACAGUCAGUACGGUUACCGUAUGAAGCGGGAUGAGAUGACCAAAAUCGCCCAGGAUGCUUUCAUCAAGAUUGGCCGGUUGCUGCAGAAGCGCCGAAAGACGGAUCUCUACGAAACGGUUUCGUACUACACGGGAGCGGAAAAGGAUCCGGCAGUAGUGGACCGAAAGCUGCUGGAAAAGCUAGAGGAUAAUAAGAAGCAUUACGGGAAGAUUGGAGAUAUUAUCGAUAAGUUUGCACGGGUGCAGGACCGUGAUACGGACGAUGAAGCCGAUGCGGGUGGUGCUGCAUCAAGCCAUAAUUCGAAACCGUCCAGCAGUAAAGCAGGAGGAAUAGUACCGACUAAAGUGAAAUCCGCCAUAGUAACCAGUAGUUCAAAAGACAGUGGAAGCAGAUCUACGUCGCCCCCUGCGAGCUGCCCCGGCACGAAAAGUACGAAUUCGCCGAGUGAAAGCAGUGCUAGUCCAACCGCAGGUGACAAAGACGCAAACAAUUCGAGCAGUGAGAAUAAACCGGAAGACGAAAAAAUAGAUGCGGACAAAAGUCUCGAAAUCGUUACACCUCCUGACGAGGUUGAUGACGACGAAGACGAUGAAGAGGAUGAGGAAGAAGACGAGAUGCUCAUCAAGGAGAACGUUAAACCGGACACCUUCGAUGACAUCGAAAUUUCCGACGACGAAGAACUGAUUGUACCCACGUCUUAGCACCUGGCGUUGGGCAAUUGUCUAAAUCUGUAAAUAGGCAUCAUCACUACAAAGAUUCCGAAGGAAUAUAUCGCGCUCCGAAACUAGUGAUUUCAUAGAGGACACUUUUAUCAUGCAUUAUUUUUUCCAUACAAAAACACACACACGCCUACUUCUCGUUUGUCAUAUUGUGGGUAUUUCAUUGUAGCGUAACUUUGGAUAAGCAAAUCGUUCACCCAAGCCAGAUGGUUCGAUCUCUAAAAGUUUACUAUUGGUAAUCCGUAAUAGUUUCAUAUACGUGUGUCAUUUUUACGAUUUGUUUCGUUCUUUUGUUUUCAUUUUAACCAAACGUUAAUCACUCGCUUUAACUAUUAUUGAAACCUCGGCAGCAAAAAUAAGACAAAAUAUUUUUGCUCUAAAAAAACUAGGGCAAAGCUAAGUUAUUUGUAAUCAUCGUAAAACAUACACACACUGUACAUACAA